AUGGAUUUGAGUCGUUCUCAAGCCAAUUUUACAUUAGGGUUUGGUUGUUCCCACGCAUCAUCAAUGGGUCCGACUCCGAGAAUCCCGAUUGCAGACGAUUCGAUUAAUCUACAAGUCGAUCCGAGUUUCCGAUCAUCGCCGGCCACCUUUUCUCCUAUUCCAUUGCAAUUACUCGAACAAAAGGUCGAGAAGAUCACCGUCGAGGAGCCAAAGAAAGAUGAAGAUCAAAAGGAGGACGAGCAUUUCAGAAUCUUAGGUCACCAUAUGUGUCUGAAAAGGCAACGAGACUGUCCACUUUUAGCUCAAUCGAAACAUCCGAGGAGAACAAUCGGUGACACAGAUCUGGAAUCGAGACGUGCUGCUGUUCGUGCUUGGGGAGAUCAACCUCUUCAUUUGGCGGAUCCAGAUAUACACGAGAUCAUGGAGAAAGAGAAGCAAAGGCAAGUGAAAGGAAUCGAGUUGAUUGCUUCUGAGAAUUUCGUGUGCCGAGCUGUAAUGGAAGCUUUGGGAAGCCACUUGACGAACAAAUACUCUGAAGGCAUGCCUGGUGCGAGAUACUACACUGGGAAUCAAUACAUCGACCAAAUUGAGAAUCUCUGUAUCGAACGAGCUCUUACUGCGUUUAGUCUCAAAUCUGACAAAUGGGGUGUUAACGUUCAGCCUUAUUCUUGUACCUCUGCGAAUUUCGCAGUGUACACCGGAAUUUUACUUCCCGGUGAACGGAUUAUGGGGCUUGAUUCUCCUUCCGGAGGUCACAUGAGUCAUGGCUAUUGUACGCCUGGUGGGAAGAAGAUUUCGGCUGCAUCAAUCUUCUUUGAAAGCUUUCCUUAUAAAGUGAACGCACAAAGUGGAUAUAUUGAUUACGAUAAGCUUGAAGAUAGAGCGCUUGAUUAUCGUCCCAAGAUUCUUAUAUGUGGAGGGAGUUCGUAUCCAAGGGACUGGGAUUUUGCAAGGGUUAGACAAAUUGCAGACAAGUGUGGAGCUAUUUUGAUGUGUGAUAUGGCUCAUAUUAGUGGUCUUGUGGCGACAAAGCACUUGAAAGCCUGUGUUAAAGCAUUAGUAUUGGCCAGUUUCAAUUUGGUUAAGGAAUGUUCAAAUCCAUUUGAUCACUGUGACAUAGUUACCUCAACUACCCACAAAGGUCUACGUGGUCCUAGAGGAGGUAUCAUCUUCUACAGGAGAGGACCAAAGAUCAGAAAGCAAGGCCAUCACUCUAGUCACGGCGACAAUUCCACGCAUUACGAUUUAGAGGAAAAAAUCAACUUUGCUGUUUUCCCGUCGCUACAAGGAGGUCCUCACAACAACCAUAUCGCAGCUCUCGCCAUUGCCUUGAAACAAGUGGCAACUCCAGAGUACAAAGCUUACAUACAACAGAUGAAGAAAAACGCUCAAGCUUUAGCAUCCGCUUUGCUUAGAAGAAAAUGCAGACUGGUUACAGGUGGCACAGACAACCACUUGUUGCUGUGGGAUCUCACUCCUUUUGGCUUAACAGGGAAAGUCUACGAGAAGGUGUGUGAGAUGUGCCAUAUAACCUUAAACAAGACUGCUAUAUUUGGUGACAAUGGUACAAUAUCUCCUGGAGGUGUAAGGAUAGGGACACCGGCGAUGACAACCCGAGGCUGUAUAGAGCCUGAUUUCGAAACAAUAGCGGAUUUUCUUAUCAAGGCGGCUCAGAUAACGAGUGCAUUGCAGAGAGAACAUGGCAAGUCACACAAGGAGUUUGUGAAGAGUCUAUGCACCAACAAAGACAUAUGUGAGCUUAGAAACCGAGUCGAAGCAUUCGCUUUGCAGUAUGAGAUGCCUGCUUCUCAGAUGAAUUGA